UGAUCAACAACAAAGAUCUAGCUACUAUUCGAUCGUUCAUUCAUGGAGAAAUCAUCGUCUCCUUCAAAGCUUCUCCUGCUACUACUCCUCCAGCUCCUUCUGCUCUCUAAGCUUCUGGAAGCACGGAUAUUAGGUGAUCGCUACGACUGCAAGCACCUGCUGGCGUCGGAUGUUGAUGGAGAUGAUGCCGUGCUCUCCUCGUCAAACCUGAACCUGGCCGACGAUGCACUGGACAGGCCCUCCAAGUAUACGCCGCCGUCGCCCAAGCCGGGGCCGUCGCCGCACCCGGUGCUGGGCUGCCGGCCUCCGCACCUGCGCUACAGCGGAGAUAGUGUGCUGGUGCUUCAGCAGAGGUCCCCGCCGUCGUCGUCUCCCACGGGACCUGCACCACCGCGUGAUUAUCGUCGCCAACAAGCUGAAGCUGCAUGACACCCACCGAGCCGGCCGUGGAAGAUGAUGUAGUAUGUGUUUCGUGCGUUUCUCGAUGCGUAUGGCAGGCAGAUCUGAAAGUUUACAGCUUGAUUUUUCACUUUCCUUUGCUCUUAAGAUCGAAAACUAUCGUUGUUUAUUUGUUUUGGGCCACCUUAAAAAAUUAAGAAAAUACUACUGAAAACUUAUGGAUGUAUUAUGCUACAACCACAAGUGAGAUAUGCAAUUUGCAUUCGACCUAAAUUUAUGUCUU